CGUUUGUUUCAGUCUUUUGCAUGCUCGGCACCUGGCUCGCGGCGUCGGCCUUUGCGCUGCAGCCUGCCGUCUAGACACGUCCGGCGUCUCUGCGGACACGACACCGGUGCCAGCUCAUCGCGCAAGACAACAACUGGUACCCUGCCGUCGACGAGGCGAGCGGCGAAACGUACUACUAUAACGCCGACACCGGCGAGGCGCAGUGGCAGGUUCCUCCUUCUGCGUACAGUAGUUCGCUCGUCUGGCGCGUGCUGCCCCACGCCGGUAUCCGCUACGAGUACGCGGGAUGCACGCUCGCGAUGCCGCUCUGUGCUGGGGAGGAGCAGACGCUGGGGCGGUUCGACAUGGCCGACCCGUCGCCGUACGUGUCGCGGCUGCAGUGCGUCGUCCACGUGGAGGGCGGCGCCGCGACGCUCCUCUCCAUCGGCAAGCCUCCGACCCUGUGGCGCGCCCACGAGUCCGCUCCGUGGAUGGUGCUGCGGAAGGCGAGGCCGCUCGGCGACGACAUCGGGUUCGACGGCACGCACGCGCUGCAGCAUGGCGAGCAGAUCAGCUUGGACAUCCGCGAGCCAGAGGCGGCCGUGUUCACGGUCACAUGCGAGGAGGCGGGCGCCGGCGCGUCCGUGCCGCAGGAGGACGGCUACAUGCAUGGGUACGGCGGUCCGCAGCAGCAGCAGCAGCAGCAGCAGCAGCAGCAGCAGCAGCAGCAGCAGCAGCAGCAGCAGCAGCAGCAUUGGCCACAUCAAGGCGCAGGUGGUGAGUACUAUUAUUGACCUCCGCCAGUCCGCGCCCUUGUCGUGUCCGAAGAUAAAAAUAAAGGACCUGCCUGGUUCGUAAAAUUGUUCC